AUGAAUACCAGCACUUCCGUUUAUUUCCCUUUCUCUGAUCUUCCAUUUCAAAUGAAAACCCACAUUUUGGCCAGGCUUCCUGUUAAAACCCUACUAAAAUGUCGGGCUGUGUGCCCAUCUUGGCGCGCUUACAUCGAUUCCCCUUCUUUCAUCUCCAAGCAUCGAAAUCUUUACAAUAAAGAACAUUCCAAAACUUCCCAUUUACUCAUUGGAGAAACUUCUAGACGAUUCCGCCUACAGCGUAUUACUAACGGUCAGAAAGUAACCACUCUUGCUGUUCGUCCUCCAUAUUCUGCUGAUUUUUCUUUAAUACCAUGGAUUUAUGGAACAUGUAAUGGGUUAUUUCUACUCAGAUUAUAUGGUGAUCAAAAGGGUAUGUAUUUGUUUUACGCCUUUCUCAGAAAAUCUCUGAUUCUUCCACCUUCUCCAUUUGCUACUCCCUUUCAAUCUACUAAGUAUGUUUUAGGGUUUUCCCCCACUUGUAAUGAUAUAAGGUGCUUGUCUAUCGGCUUAAAUGUGAUGAGUAUGAGCCGGCAAUGA